AUGACGUCCCGUGUAUGUGAAACCUUUGAUGAGAAGAAAACCUUGACGCCUCCUCCGCCGGUUCCCCUGGAUCGGUUAUACACGGCAAACUGGUGUGAGGAAAAUAUAUACAUGCUUGCAAAGCGGUUCCUUGAGGAUGAAUCUGUCCGCGCAGUAUGGUCUAUCUAUGCCAUCUUCAUCUCGAACAGGACACGUAGUGUAGCUCUUUGGAGUCAGAAAUUGCGCGAAGAUGUCGUUGUAUGGGAUUACCAUGUUAUCCUAGCACUCGAGUCUCACGACGACGAGCGAAGACGGCCUGAAGUUGCCUUUAGUGGCGAACCAGGGCCGCCACGGCCAUCUUCGACCUGGAUAUAUGACCUUGACAGUAGACUUGAAAUGCCGUGCAAGUGGGAAGAUUACAUCGCCUCGACAUUUCCGUACGCAAGUAUUCAAGCUGCGGAGGCUGGAUGGAGCAUCCCAGAGACGUAUCAGAGUCUGUUCCGCAUCGUCGCCGCAGAGGAGUUCCUCGAGAGUUUUGCUUCAGAUAGAUCACAUAUGCUGGGUCCCGAGUCCGAGUCUGAUGAUGGUCCACCACGAUAUCACUCACCCGAACCUUCCUAUCCAUGUAUCGUAGGAACCAAGGCGGCCGCAAGGGGGAUAUCAAACAACCUAAUGAGCAGUUUCGUAUGUAUGGACAUGGAGAACACAGAGGUCGGUAGUGUGUACACCUUAGAGCAGGCAAAGGCUCUUUUCUCUCAAUAA